GGAGGCGCAGUGCGAUCCCAGGGUGAGGGGAGGGAGGCGGUGGAGAGAAGCACUUGGCCGCUUGGCCGUGACUUGGUGGCGGUAGCAGCAGCAUCACCGACCACCAUCGCGGAGAGGUGUGGCCCUGUAGCAGUGUCCGCGUGAGCCUUGAGGUGGGGAGGGAGCGGUUCGAGCGCCUGGAUUCCGGGAGGCGGAGGCAAGGACAAGGCCUGUCUGUCUGUCUGCGCGGCCUGGUGAAUGAGAGCAGGUGAGCAGCAGCCGGCAGUCACCGCAGCCAUUGGUCGUGGAUCGCAGCCCGGGCCGCUGCAGUGGGGCGCAAGGACCAUGUGGCUAAUUGAUAAUAGUAUCAUGUACCUUGAAGGAUAAGCACUUGCAACACAUGGAUACUGAAGCACAAAACGGAUCAAAGGACCUUGUCUUACCCGGAUCUAAGCAGGAUUUGGCGCAACAGAUCUCUUGUCUGGGCCCGACUAAGUACUAUAUCUGUGGCUAUUUUGCAGCCUUCACUAAUAUUGCUACCACUUUCCCUAUACAGAAAGCGUUGUUUCGGCAGCAGCUAUAUGGAGUAAAGACAUUGGAGGCUGUCCGUCAGUUAAAGCAGGAUGGCUUUCGCCUUCUGUACCGGGGUAUUCUGCCUCCGCUCCUCCAAAAGACAACAACUGUGGCAUUGAUGUUUGGCUUGUAUGAGGACUUCUCAUGCCUCUUGAAGAGAACAACUGAUGGUCCAGAACUUCUGACUCGUAGUGUUUCUGCAGUAUUGGCAGGGACAGCAGAGGCAAUGCUGACACCAUUUGAGAGAGUGCAGACUUUGCUGCAAGAUCACAGACAUCAUAGGCGAUUCACCAAUACGUUUGAUGCCUUUAAAGCUUUGAAAGCCUAUGGUUUUAGGGAAUAUUACAGAGGACUUCUGCCAAUUCUCCUCCGAAAUGGACCUAGUAAUGCAUUGUUCUUUGCCUUGCGAGGGCCUAUCAAAGAAUCCUUACCGGAAGCCACUACGUACAGUACUAAUGUGCUCAAUGACUUCAUCUGUGGAGCAAGUCUGGGUUCAAUGCUUGGAAUAAUGUUUUAUCCGAUUAAUGUAGUGAAAGCACGUAUGCAGUCACAAGUUGGAGGAGAAUUUCAAUCUUUUACAAAAGUCUUCAUGACAAUUUGGAGGGAAAGGGAUGGCAAACUAUCCAAUGUAAUGCGAGGAUGGCACCUCAAUUAUCACCGGUCAAUUUUAUCAUGGGGCAUAAUCAAUGCAACCUAUGAAAUUUUGCUUAAAUUGAUCUGACAGUAUUUUAAAAUUUGAUCCUUAGCUGGAGCUGCAUAUUUUGUUUUGGUAUUUGAUGUCAUCCCCUGCGCCACCAAUUGUGCAGAAUUUCCCUUCAGUUCCAUGGAUCAAAUGCACUUUGCCCAUCUUAUUUAAUGCAUGGGGCAGGAAGAGAUCUGGUAUCUACUAAUGACCAAAUCUGAGUAUAUUCUGGAGUUACCUGGUUUUCAUUUACUAUUGAAGUAAGAGGGAGAGUAAAAAUCACAAACCAGGUGAUGGAUACAAGUGAUUAUUCCAUCAAACCUACCUCAAAGAGGAUGGUUCGUAUCUCUUCUGAACUCUUGGAAGUAGUUAAUAUUUUAUGUCUUUAAUCUUCAUUUCACUCAGAUUCUGUAUAGAACUUGCAUUAUGAUUUGAAACUUUGUCCGUUUCUAAAAGAGCCUCAGUUAUUUUUUUUAAAAUAUGAUUUUUUUUUUCCAAGGUUCAGAGAUGUUUUAUUGAUUACUAACUGGUUGCUUUUUUAAUUUUGUCAUAAACCACAUGUUCAACAAUUUCAACUUGCCUUUAACAUGGUUUAUACAGUGUAUCAUUGAGGUGUUUAGGGUAACAUUGUCACAUCAAUUUUUGCUUACCCGUGCGACAAUUCGAACAGUUCCCUGUCUGUAUGCUCUAUUACCAGCUGUUACAUUUGUGCUGUUGUUGCCACUAUUAUUUAUCACGUGCUGAUAUAGACUGACCGUUUUCCUUGCCAAACUACUGUUUCUAAGUGACCACAAUGUUUUUUAGAUUAGACAGUACUGCAUUCAAGUACAAAGUUAAUGGUCCCGUGAGUACUUAUUCAUGUGAAGCAGUCCACCAUAACGCUGAUUGCUUCAGCAAUCUUCCCCAUAGAGGUUUAAUUUGUUCUAUGUAUAUAAGAAUCACAUUUUUAUCUUGUUGAGUAAUCAAUUUUUGCACCUUUUUGCUGAAAAUUCUAUUAAAGAAUAUGGAUACUGAGUGCU